GCCAGACGUUCUAGAUGAAAGUAGUGCAACCACACCUUUAACAAGAAUUGUAAAUGUUUGUUUUAAUUAAACAAUUACAACGAAUACUUUAUAUAGAUGUGCCCAACUUAAGACAUCUAUUGAAAUACUCCAAAAGACACAAGCUGUUUAAAAACAAAUAAUUAGCAACUAAUUGCAACUUUAGCACAAAGUUUGAGAGAAAAAUUUUAAAAUUUUUUUUGCAAAAAAACAAUCAUUAGCAACUUGGCAAGAAAGUAAACUAAAACUUUAACACAUUUCCCCGUUAAACUAAAAACCCAAGAGUGAGAGAUUUGUAAAGCAAGAAAAACUAAAAAACAAAUUACUACAAAAUACUUAAUUGAAGAAACGAGUAAACCUUUUUAAAACCUGAGGAAAAAAGGAAAAAAAAACUUGUUAAACUAUAAACUAAACAAACAACUACAGCUUUAAAUAGUCCACAAACUGGUCAGACACUAGCAGCAACAUCAUUAUUCCACACAUUCCUUUACUUAGUUAAAGCAAAACUCAACCGGACCACCACCAUCAUCAUCAUCAUCAACAACAACAGCUCAGUUUAGCUCUCUUUUUUCGACCAAACGGAAACAACCAAAACAACUAAACAUCUCCAACAUGGCGUUAGGAAAAUCCAUUAAAAUGUACCUGACUAUAUUUGUAGCCACUACUUGCAUGUACAUGGUACUGUAUCAGUAUCACAUAUCACGGCAACCAAUGCCACAAGCCGAAAUCAUAAAGCAUAAAGAUAAAUCAAUUGAUAAAGAGAACACUAAUGGAAUUGGUGUGGCCUCCUCCGCCUCAUCAUCCUCCAGGGUUACAGCUAGAACCUCCUCCACUGAACUAUUACAGAAAACUAAACAGUCUAAGAACAACAACAACAACAAUAGUGAUAAACUGUCAUCACAACAAGUUCAAGAACAACAACAACAUCAUCAAACAUAUAAGCCUCCAUUGUAUAUAAUCACACCCACUUAUCGCCGUCCAGAACAAUUGGCUGAACUGACACGUUUGGGUUACACGCUCAAACAUGUCGUCAAUCUGCUGUGGUUGGUUAUAGAAGAUGCCAAUCGGACAUCGGAUAAUGUUAUACAAAUAUUAAAUAGAAUUGGAGUGCCUUAUGAGUAUUUUUUGGCUCCCAUGCCUGAUGAAUAUAAAAAAGCCAAGGCCAAACCCAGAGGUGUUUCAAAUCGUAAUCGUGGCCUCCAAUGGUUAAGAGAAAAUGCCACCGAGGGAGUGUUUUAUUUUGCCGAUGAUGAUAAUACUUAUGAUAUUAAUAUAUUCGAACAGAUGCGCUAUACCAAAAAGGUUUCAAUGUGGCCAGUGGGUUUAGUUACCAAAUUUGGUGUUAGUAGUCCUAUUGUUAAGGCUGGCAAACUGACGGGUUUCUAUGAUGGCUGGAUUGGUGGCCGUAAAUAUCCGGUUGAUAUGGCUGGCUUUGCUGUUAGUGUAAAAUUUUUACAUGAUCGUCCUAAUGCCAAGAUGCCCUUUAAGACGGGCUAUGAGGAGGAUGGUUUCCUAAAGAGUUUAGCUCCUUUAAAUAAUACAGAAAUAGAAUUAUUGGCCAAUAAUUGUACAGAGAUUUUAACUUGGCAUACACAAACUAAAAAGAAUAAUCCUGCAGAAAUUGUAAAUGCGACCAAAUAUGGUGAUACAAAUUUAAUGCUUUUAGAAAAAAUGCUAGUAAGACAUUAACUUUAAAUUUAAAUUAUUAAAUAAUUUACCUUAAACCCCCCAAAAAAAAGUUAAAUAUUUAAUAGACUUAACAAAACACUAGUAAUUAACAAAGAAAGACACAACAUAUAGAAAAACUUCUACAGUAAAUUUAAAAUAUUAGCAAUAACUUUACUAAGAAAUUUAAAAAACCAAAGAAAAGUUAAAUAAAACCAAACAAACAUUUUUGUUCCCAAAUAAAAAAACCAGGUAAAAAUAUAAAAAUAAACCAAAAAAAAAAAACAAAAAAUUGUAUGAAAAGUAAAUAAAGAAAUAUUUAAGCACAAAGUGUUAAGCUUUAUUAAAAAUAACAUAAAACAUAUUAAACGAAUAUUAAAUAUUGUAUAUAUAAUUAAUUAAUAAAUAUUAUUAACUAAUUAAAAUAAUAUGUAAAUAUUUAUAAUUAAACUAAAGUUUAAAAAAAGUACGUAUUUAGCUAGCAAGACAUAUGAAGAAGAGAUACAAUCAUUUUUUUAAAUAUAU